CAGAACACGCUUUGGUUCGGAACGGUCCACGAUGAGCGGCGAGGAGGAGGAACGGCUCCUGCCCAGGAGAGAAGUCCGGAUCCGGGUGGUGAGAGGCGGGAAUACCAGUACCCUCAGCGGGCUUUUAAAGAGGUCGACCAGACAGCUGGGCAGAGGGAGGGGGGUGCGAUUUCACCUGAUGGAGGGGGGGAAGAACCUGGUGGCUUUUUCCUCUGGGCUGCUGCUGGCCUCUCUGUACGGAUUCAUGGCCGUCUUACUACAGAAGCAGUCUUUGUGGUUUUGCGUCUACACCACGGUGACGCUGGCUGGCCUGGCGGCGUUCAGCAUGGGACUGUCAGCAGGCGCCCGCGCCAACAUCAUGGUGAUGCUGCCAUCAAUGUGUUCAGCUCGUGGGAGGAGCUUCAUCCUGCUGUUGUUUAUGUCGCUGCUGCUGUCUGGACCGCUGGACAACACGCUGGAAAACACAGAGCGGGCCGCCUCCAGCCUGCUGUGUGGAGCCGAGGUGGCAGCCAAUCAGACUAAAGAACUGAUGCAGAGAGCAGCCACGCCCCUUUUCUCCGUGUUGGAUGACAUCAGAGAGAUCAGCAGGAACGCUCGCGCCGUCGCAGGACGAGUACAGAACUUCAUCAACGCGCUGACAGACAGCGUUCGGCAUGUCGCUCGCACUCUGAGGAACGUGCUCCACUUCCUGGUGGACAUCGGGGACAUCUGCAACGACAAGCUGGGCGUCCCUUACAGGAAGUGCCAGGAGCUUUUUGCCGGGGCCCGCAGUGACUGCACUGACCUGCUGGGAGAAUUCAACUUCCUGUGUGACAUUGUGGACACCUUCCUGCCGCUCUGUAACAUUGCUCGCGCCGGGGAGUUCUUCUGCAUCAUCCCCUCCUAUGUGGCCACGCACCUGAAGCAGCGGCUGGCGGAUCCUACAGUCGCCGCUUUCAGGAAGAUGAUGCGAGAAUUCGACUUCAACAUCUCUGCAUCCGUGAAGCUGGACCUGGACGUGAACAGCAGCCGCUCCGUGCAGCAGGUUUCUCAGGACAUCCUGAACGAGAUCUCCUCAGACCUGAGAGUGUUGGAGAAGCUGAGGGAGCCGCUGGUGUACUGCAGCUUGGUCCUGCUGGGCUGGUCCUUCCUGAGGGCUGUGCGCUACAAGCGCAGGUACCUGCGUGAGCUCGACUUCGAUAACGUCUACAUUACGGCUCAGUUCAGGCAGCUCGACGAGCGCCUGCGCUUAGGGGGCGGAGCUUCAGUGCUGCCGCUGACACGCAGAGAGGCCAACACCUACAUCAGCCCACGUCAGUGCACGCGUGUGUGCAUGUGUGUAUAUCUGUGCAUGUUUAUCAGUCCUGUCCUUCCUUCAGUGUCAUUGCAGCUGUCCUUCAGGGAGCGGCGAGCUGUCCUAGUGGGCGUGGUCUCCGUCCUCAGACACAUGCUGAUGGGCGGCCUGCUGGUGGUUCUGGACUUCCUGGUGUUCUGGAUUCUGGAUCAGGUUCACCUACAGGUGAAGGGGGACAUGAUCGCCCGAGCUCCGGUCAGAGUGGCGGUCCAGGUGAACGGGUCGGGUUACGCCUCGGACAUCUUCAGAGACCUGGUGGCUUCGUUUGACAUCCUGCAGGGAGGAAACGUCACCGUCAUCAGCAGGAAGUGCCUUCUGGAGCCGCUACAGCCCGACGCCACCACCUGCUCCAUCCUCGUUUGUGUUUCACAGAAAGUCCCUCUCACUCCUGUCGGCUCGUGGAGCUUUGAGGAGCUGACGGUCGGAUCCAAAGACGACUGGAAUUGUGGAGGAAAACUGUGUGAAGCAUUGAUUGAAACUUCUAGAAAGUGGUUCCUGCUGGCUCUGGCUCUGUGUGCGUCUCUGACCGGCGGCUUGGUGCAGCGCUGCCGGCGGCUCGUCUGCGCCUCCUACCAUCCGGAGCGAGAGCAGGAGAGGAUCCUCUUCCUCCACCAGAAGAUCCUGGAUCAGAGGAGAGUAUCUGGCACGGCUCUGAGGAGGGCGGCGGUCCGGACCCGAGCUCAGCAGGAGCGAGGAGGAGGAGGAGGAGGAGGAGGAAGAGGAGGUCUUCGGGCUCUGCUGAUGCGGUUACCUGGAGGAGCUUACCUGGUGCAGGUGUUGGGCCUGUCGUCCUCGGUCACCUGUUUGUCGUGUGGUGAAACCGUAACGGCGAGGGAGCCCGACACGGUGACCUGCAGCACGCCACAAUGUUCAGGCGUGUUAUGUCGUCCGUGUUUCCACAGUUUGGGAAGCGUGUGCUUCGUCUGCCAACGACCUCCGACCUUCCAGGAAGACGAGGAGGAGGAGGAGCUAGACUCCAGUGAUGAAGAGCGGCUGUCCCUGAACUCAGCAAUCAGUACCGAGAUGAGGAGGAGGGGGAGGAGGGUCUCCAUGGCAACACACGGCCCCCAACCCGGAGGAGGCGAGGAAGACGAGUCGGAGCACAGGGACAGCAGCGUUUAUGUCCUGGUCGGGUCGGAGCUCAGCAGCAGUGAAGCAGACAUGGACUACCAGGACUUCUCCGGCUCCGACGACUCUGACAGCGACGACUCUUUCUAUCUGGCUCUGUCUCCAGAAGCCUUCUUCCUCCAGAACCGGUCUCCUGCUCCGCAUCAGGACCAUGAGGGUUCUGAAGCUCCGUCCCCAUUAAAGUGAUGAAACCCAAAGAGGUUCUGAAUGUU